UGAUGAUCCCAGCAGAGGGCACUGUAUGAUGUGUACAUGGGAGAGAGUUUCAAAGCAGUGUUGAAAAGCUUUUCUAAGGGUAAAAGGUUGAAACAGCACGGGAAGAGGCAGGGUGAAAAACACACAAAACUGUUGGCUUUCUAUCUGCAAGAUUCAGAGGACCUCUUCAUCCAGUAACAACAAGUGAAGGUUGGUGAGAAGGCUAACGAGAGGGAGUUCCUGUUGAAUCUCUUGGUGGGUGAAGAGGGGGUGAAAUUCUCACCACAUGGCCGAAGGAACUGCAUUGCAGGGCAGUAAACAACGACACUGGUACCUGUGGGCGUCCAUUCCCACUGUGAUACUUCUUCUCGGAUUAAGUGCCACCUGGGACCGAUGCUGGACAAUUGGGCCUUCAGCCAGCAGAUGGACAGAGGGUCCAGAGAGGAAAAUACGUCAUGUGCUUCCCCAGAAUAUGCAGGAGGAUGGAUGGAAAGAUCUGGACAGCUGCUCUGGGAUCCUGGAAGGUCAUAGGUUUGACUGUUACCCCGAAAGGGACCGAGUGGUCACCCGGGAGCUGUGUGAGCAGCGUGCAUGCUGUUUUAUCCAGGUACCCCCAAAUCUAGCCGGGGUACCAUGGUGCUUCUACCCACCCGACUUUCCAAGUUACACCCUGAGGAACCAGACUCCCACAGAGCUGGGCGAAGCUGGAGAGCUGCUGCGAUGGAAUAAAACCUACUACCCACGGGAUGUUUUCAAACUUCAUCUCAAUGUGAUGUUUGAAGCCAACAACAGACUUCACAUCCAGAUAAAUGAUUCCUCCAACCCACGAUAUGAGGUCCCCAUCGAUGUUCCCAAAGCAACGCGAAAAGCUAAGAAUCCAUUGUAUACCGUGGAAUAUUCUGAGGAUCCAUUUGGAAUCAUUGUGAAGAGGACAUCCACAGGAACAGUGCUGUUAAACACCACCGUGGCUCCUCUGUUCUUUGCUGACCAGUUCCUACAAGUGUCGACCUCGCUGCCUUCAGUUUACAUCUACGGCCUUGGGGAACACCAGGCCGGCUUCCUGCAGAGCGUCCAAUGGAACACUCUGACCUUCUGGGCCCGUGACAGUGUGCCAAGGGAGUCUGCUAAUCUCUAUGGGGUCCACCCCUUUUACCUGUCUCUGGAGCCCAAUGGAAUGUCACAUGGUGUUUUCCUCCUCAACAGCAAUGCAAUGGAUGUGGUUCUCCAGCCUGCUCCUGCCCUGACCUGGAGAACUAUUGGAGGGAUCCUCGACUUCUAUGUAUUCAUGGGCCCUGACCCCAACUCGGUCAUCCAGCAGUACCUAGAGGUCAUCGGUUUGCCAGCGAUGGUGCCUGCUUGGGGCCUUGGAUUCCAUCUCUGCCGCUGGGGAUACGGAUCAAGUAACGCCACGUGGGAGAUGGUGAAACAGAUGAGAAAAGCUGGCAUACCCCAGGAUGCUCAGUGGAAUGAUAUUGAUUACAUGAUGGAUUAUCGAGAUUUCACCGUUGACCCUCAGAACUUUGCCACACUUCCUCAGAUGGUUGCAGACUUGCACUCCCAUGGGCAGCAAUACAUCAUGAUUGUGGACCCAGCAAUCAGCAGUGUUCAGCCACCAGGUUCUUACUGGCCAUAUGAUGAAGGCCUAAAGCAAGAAGUUUUUAUCAACAAUGUGUCUGGAAGCCCUCUGAUCGGACAGGUUUGGCCUGGAUUGACGGCAUUCCCUGAUUUCACAAAUCCCAACACGCACGUGUGGUGGUUCCAGAACCUGUUGCAGUUGCAUAAAGUUGUGCCCUUCGAUGGGCUCUGGAUUGAUAUGAAUGAGCCCUCAAGCUUUGUGGAUGGAUCAGAGACUGGUUGUCCUUCGAAUGAGCUUGAAAAUCCACCAUUCGUUCCAGGUGUGUUAGGUGGCACUUUACGCAGUCAAACCAUUUGUGCCUCAGCAAAACAGAGUGCAUCAACGCACUAUAACGUACACAGUCUGUAUGGGCUUAUGGAGGCCAAAGCCUCUGCAAGUGCUUUAGUUAAAAUCCGUAAGAAACGCCCAUUCGUAAUUUCCCGAUCAACAUUCCCGAGUCAAGGCAGGUAUUCUGGACACUGGCUGGGAGACAAUGAGAGUAAAUGGAAGGACAUGUACUUUUCUAUUGCAGGCAUUCUGAAUUUCAAUAUGUUUGGAAUUCCUCUUGUGGGAGCAGAUAUUUGUGGAUUUAGGGGGAGCACCACUGAGGAAUUGUGUAUCAGGUGGAUGCAACUUGGUGCCUUCUAUCCAUUCUCCCGAAACCACAAUACAGAAAACGAGAAGGGUCAGGACCCUAUAGCUUUCAGUGAAUCUGCUCAGGAAGCAAUGAAACGUGCUCUCUUUAUCCGCUACUCGCUGCUCCCGUACCUCUACACGCUUUUCCAUCACUCUCAUGUUUUUGGAGAAACAGUUGCCAGAGCCAUUCUCUUUGAGUUUCCUGAAGAUCGAAACACUUACUCCAUCGACAAACAGUUUUUGUUGGGCAGCUACCUCCUCAUUAGCCCGGUGUUACAACCAGGGGCAGUCACUGUGACGACAUAUUUCCCCAGAGGAGUUUGGUACGACUUUUACACAGGUUCAGCCCUUCAUAGCACAGGAGAAUAUGUCAAACUUUCUGCCCCUCUGGACACCAUCAACCUACAUCUUCGGGAGGGAGCUAUUGUUCCCACACAGGAACCUGCCACAACCAUCUGGGUGAGUAGUGGGAACCCUCUUCACCUGUUGGUGGCCCUAUCCCAGAAUGCAUCAGCAAAAGGCUGCCUCUUUUGGGACGAUGGGGAGAGCCUGGAUACCUACGAGAGAAACGAUUACACUUACAUUGAAUUUGCUGUGGAGAAGAACCGUCUGAUCUCCAGAGUGGUACAUGUGAACAUUGAGGCUACUUACAUCAAGGUGAACACCUUAAGUGUCUAUGGGGUCACAUUUCGGCCAUCGAAGGUUAUCGUAAAUCAGCAGCCAGCUUCCUUUUCCUAUUCUUUGAAUAAGGUUCUGACGGUUGACAAUCUCUAUCUCCCCCUUGAGAAAGAGUUCCACAUCUCAUGGUCAUAACAUCUUGGAGAAAACUUCAAAGUGAGAAUGCCUCCUGCUAGGCAGACCAGGCCUGUGCUUGCCUCCCUGUAUGAAGUAAUACGUAACUUCCUGGAAAUAUACAGCAAGCCAAUUGACAACUGACAACAGAAAACCAAUGUGGGCUUUUAGGUAUGCACAUUUCUUUAAAGAGGCCCAUUCUAUGCAAACAUACUCCUAAACAAAUUAGAUUUCAGCUAGUGUCUUUAAUCAAAUCAGGACGUCCUACAGCCAGUAAGUUUUGAAAAUCUAUUUUUAAUUUUUACUCAUGUUGUCUGGUCUCUGGUGUCUUUCCGGAAUCUGUGGUUUUUACUUCAGGUUCUGGUCCUUUGAUCCCUUAUUUAGCAUUACCUCCUUAUUGCCCUUUCUGCAUCAAAUUAUGUUUGAUUUAACUCUGUGCUGUUUAACCUGACGAUCUCCUGAGUGCUGUUUUCUUUAAUUGAAUUCUUCUUGCUACAUUGUGUGUUAACACUGUAGGAUAUUGAGGUGAUUCUGGUGUUAAUGUGUAAAAUGAGGCCUUUAGGCAACCUACAGUGUAAGUGAGAAUAAAUGAAAACCUUUUGUCUUCCAUUCGUCAGAACAUAUGGAAGGAAGUCAAAUUUCAGAAGGAGCAACAAUUUGCAUUGCAUGAAAAAGGUUACUGAUUGGUCAGAUUUGAUUAGCUGAGGUGUUGUCAUAAAGAAUGCAUUACCAAUUUAAUUUCAGUCAGGCUCAAUGUAGCUCAUUUUGACUCAUCUGAAUUUUUAUAUAUUCAUAUACAGCAGCUUGUCCUCUGCUAGAGAAGGAAUUUGUCUAGGCAUUACAUAUUUAUUGAAUGAAACACUUAUAUGGGCAGCUGAUAUGUGCAUCUCCAUGGCAAUGCCUCAAACAAUCAGCAACCGUUUAGUAGGCGAUAUAAAUUGCUGUACCAUUUGAAAUUUGGUAUUCUUGCAUCAGUCCUGAUGAGCGCAAGUUGUAAAGCUGUGACAAUGUAUGACUUUAUAGCAGUUCUACUGAUUUACUACCAAUCAGUUCAAUCUCUGUCCUUGUGGUGACUUACUUGCUAAAACAUAACUUGUGUAAACACUGCAUCAAAUAGGAAAAGAUCUCUUGUUUUGUUUUAAAAAAUGAAAUAAACAUUUCAAGUAGAUACACUACA